AUGCUGCUUGCCCCGAACCACAAGAAGCUUCUCCGGCAGCAACUCCGACUGGUCGACGCUGGCGAGUCAACACAACGUAAAAAACGACGCACUGCGCGUAAUGCUGUUUCAAACUCUAAAAAAGAACUCGAAUUGAUCGAGAUCGACGCCUCCACACUGUCAUCCGAUGAAUUCGAAGAUGUGGAUCUUGAACUAAAUCAGACUCCGAGAAAUAAGGUCGAAAUAAGCAAACUGGAGAUUUCGGAUCCGUUUGUCAAAGCCGGUCUGAAUCUGGACGGAAUUGAGGAAGAUGUAGAUGAGUUUGAUGACUUGGAAGAUGUAGAUCUAGAUCAAAUGUUUCUGAAUGCAGCAGAUAACAGUCAUGAUAGCCUGGAAACUCUUACAUUUACUUUGGCUGCACCUGCAUCGUCAGAUUCCGCAAAGAAUAAGCGAAAACGGGCGUUCACUCCAAUUCCAAAAGAAGAACGAGUAAACCGUAAGAUGAUGCACAAACUCCUUUUAAUGGGAUUUAUGUGCCAUGGAGCGAUUCGGAAUCGCUGGUGUAGUGAUAAGAAACUCAUGCAGCUGUUGAAGAACACAUUACCACAGCAAGUAGUGCUGAUGUUUCAUCAGGAUAAAGAAAACGUACUAGAUGUGGUGAAGGCAAGAAAAUUCAUUGAUGGCCUUCGUACAGUCAUGCUGGUUUAUGCGAAGAAAUUCAAGGUAUCCUUUGCAGGCAUUACUCGGCCCGACUGGAAGCUCGCUGAAAUAACUCAAGAAAAAUCCGAUAGGGCUGUUUCAUUGAAUCGCUUCCGGAGACUAGCCCGUGCGUUACAAGGCUCGCGUGAUAUACAAGCGCAAGGGUUGGUGGCACUCUUACGGUCAAUCAGCGUUCAUGCUCGAUUGGUUUUUUCAAUCCAGGUGCCUGAUCACAAAUCACUUCGACCUGCAAUUGAAGAAAAAAAGCUGACGGAGGAGAAUGUAGAUCUCAAGGAAUCAAAGCCUCUGUCUGAGUUUGAGCCUGUAUUUAUUCCCAAUGGCCGCCUGGCGCUAUUGUCGGGAAUUCGCUCAAAGCUGUCAUCUGAAUUGACUAAGAAAUCAAGCGAUGCCCAACCUGUUAAGUUUCCUGUCUUUUGGGUAGAAGUCUGGAACAAGUACUCCAAGAAAUGGAUUACGGUCGACCCUGCUGUAUUCAAAGUGGUUGAGGUGCAGCCCAUGCGUCGAAAAAGUAAAUUCGAAGCGCCAAUGUCAGAAGAGGGACAUCAAACAUGGUAUGUUCUAGCAUACGAUCAUCGCGGAGUAGUACGAGAUGUUACGAGAAGAUACACACAGUACUACAAUGCUAAGACAGUGAAAAAGCGCGUUGGGUUUGAUUCAGAUGACGACCAACACUGGUAUGAACAGGCCCUCAGGGUAGUAAGUUGCAAAAGCGCAUCUUUGACGGAGGCAGAGGCAUAUGAAAUGAAGGAAUUUCGAGAUCGUCAUGUCUGCGAGGGCAUCCCAAACAACAUGGCGGAUUUCAAGAAUCAUCCGGUUUAUGCUUUAGAGUCGCAACUCCGACAGGAUGAAAUUAUAUACCCCAAAGAUGACAGCAGCAAGUGUGGAACAUUUCGUUCUUCCAACAAGAACUCUACGAUCCCAAUUUACAAGCGCUCCCAUGUGUAUCACUUGAAGACACCAAAAGCAUGGCACAUGAAGGGUCGAGUCUUAAAAGUUGGUGUGCGUCCUCUCAAAACUAAACCCCUCAAAACAGGAGGUCUUUAUGCUGAAGGAAGUGACGAUUUGGAUGAUGAAAUUCGGUUAUAUGCUGAGUUUCAAACUGAGAUGUUCAUUCCACCUCCCAUUAUUAAUGGACAAAUCGAGAAGAAUGCUUAUGGCAAUGUGGAAAUUUUUGUUCCUACUAUGUUGCCGGAGAAUGGCUAUUUGGCGCGUGUUUCGUCAACUGUAACCAUUAAGAUGUUGGAAAAGGCCGCGAAAUAUAUAUUAAAGGUCGACUACGCUAAAGCUAUUGUUUCUUUUGACUUCGGAAACUCGCUGAAAAGUAAACGCACGCCCACAGCAACAGAGGGAGGUAUUCUUAUUGACAAACAGUACAGGGAAGCACUUGAGGUAGUAUUAGAGGCUCUAGAAGAAGAAGAGGAAAAUCAGAAGAGAAUUGAAAGGGAAAUCUCAGCACUUAAAUACUGGAACUUCUUUCUCAAGAAACUCCAAAUCAUGCGGAGAUUGGAUAAGCAACAUGGGGUGCUUGCAUCUGACGGUGAAUCUCUGUUGGAACGUGUAGCGCCCGGCCCUGAGGUAGAAGUGGAUGUUGCUAAGAAUGCCAGUGCUAGCGAAGAAGAAGAUUACUACAGCGUUGGAAGCGAGAAUGAAAAUUCUGAGAACGAACAUUAUGUGCCACGCCCUUCCAGGAGACGACAGGCACAAGACCGCUCUUUAAAGGCAGUGAAACAAGGUGACUCAGAAAGCUACGAUAAUGGUGGCUUUUUUGUUGACAGUUCUACAGACAAAAGAGACAUCAGUCCUGGCAUUGAGGGAGGCUUUCUGGAUCAAGAUGAAAAAGAUGAAAAAGAUGUGGUUUCUGAAAAGGCCGACUUGAGUUCUCUUAAUAUGUUCGGAGAAGGCGGGUUUCUUGUAUCUUCUUCCCCAAGUGAAGUCCCCCACAACAACUCUGAUGAACAAUCAGACCACACGGGCGGUUUUUUCACUACGGAAGACUCGCACUUCGAACCGAAAAAAGAAUUCAAUGAUUCAAAUGAGGAAACUGAUGCCCUAGCGAUUGUCGAUCCACGCGGAAAGAUGGCUACAAAUAGUCCCGUCAUGAGCACUAACUCCGAUCAGCUGCAAAUAUCCGCAGACACGACCAAACUGCAAAUAAAGCGGAAACCCGAUCGGGACAAUCGAAGCACCAAAGUGGUGCUGACAAUGGACCCUAAUUCCGUAGAGGAAGACUCAUCUUCUACGGAAUUUGAGUCUGCACCAUUGGGAGAAACGCCCAAAGAGGUGCCAAGAGAAAUUUCAAGCCAAAGAAAAAAUCAAAAAGCUGCGGGACGGCUAGAAAAUAUUGAUUAUGUUGCAGCCGUUCAAACUGGCAUUAAACAUCGUCCAACAUGUAGCCCCAGAUCAAAAACAAAGCCUCACCACGGAAUCUCCCUCUCGAAGGAAGCUGCGUCUCUGCAGGGAGAGCCCUGCCAUGCGCAAUUGGCACAUACAGGCGAUGCCGGGACUGCAGAUCAAGCCUCCGUCUCCCAGCUGCCACACAUGGUACUGGUAUCCAGUGCGGAAGACUCCGAUCAGCCAAUUAUCGUCCUGAGCCAGGAAAAAAUUGAUUUGCAAAAAAUCGAAGCAGAAGAAUCGGAAUUGGGCAUUCAAUACAGUGACUCUGAGUAG